AGCUGUGGGCGUGUGCGUAAGUAAAAAUGGCGACAUACAGGUAAUUCAAAACAAACAAUUCCAGUCCUGGGAACAAACUGGAAGACGAGACCUUGACGAGCCUGGAGAGCUACCUGGACGAGUGUUUUGACAACAUCGUAAUGGGGAAGCCGAAGAAUCCCACAUCCACGAACACACCGUCUUCCAAACGAUGUCGGUCUAGUUCAACCAGUGCUGCUUCUACAUCUACUUUGUCUCCAGACAGGAGCUACAGCGACGUCCUGGAAUCCAUCGACAAAAAGCUAACUAGCUUGGACGCCCGCCUUGCCCUGGUAGAAGUCCUGCAUAAGGAGUUUCAAGCUUUGAGAGAGUCGCUGGAAUUCAGCCAAGCUCAGCUGGCCUCCGUCACCGCCGAGAAUGAAGCGCUGAAGGGGGAAGUCACCAAACUCGCCGAGGGGAUGAUCCAGCUGUCCGGCGAAAAUAGAAAGAUGAAGGAAUCCAUUCUGGACAUUCAGUCGCGGAGCAUGAGAGACAAUCUCGUCUUCGCUGGAAUCGCUGAACAGCAGGACGAGGACCCUGAGGCGAUAGUACGUGAGUUCCUCCAGAAGAAGCUGAAAAUCCCGGCGGACCAGGUAAAAAACAUCACCUUCCAUCGCGUUCACCGGCUCGGAGGUAAGAAGCCUGAUAAAUCCCGUCCUAGACCAAUUGUAGCUAAGUUUGAGCAUUACAAGCAGAAAGAGCAGGUCAGGAGUCAGGGCAGAGAGCUGAGAGGAACAGAUUUCAGCGUCAAUGACCAGUAUCCAAAGGAAAUAUUAGAUCGCAGGCGAGCGUUAUUCCCAAUCAGGAAGAAAUACAUCAGUGAAGGCGUCAGAGCUACAGUAGCAGUUGACAAACUUUAUAUUAAUGGUCAGUUGUUCAGGGAUCAGAAGAUCACUCCUUGGCUUUAUUAGAUGCACAACAGGCAGGUUUAAAAGCAUGUGACACCUGAUUAAAGUGUAUAGAACAUUUCACGGUGAUAAAUGAAAUAUAUGCACAGCUCUAGAGCACGUUUGCACGGUAUGACUGCUAGUUACAGCUGGGUACAGAAUGCAUGGGCUGGGGUUCUUUUUCUUUCACCUUUUCUCACUCAUUGCACUCUCUUAAUUUUCUGUCUUCCUUUUCCUUAUUCGUCUGCUUCUUCCCUGUGGUCCACACAAUCACAAGCACACGGUUUGAUGCUACCUGGGUCUAGGUAUAACUAUUUAUUCAGAGGCAUGUACUUUUCAUCUUCUCACUCACACCUAUGGUGAAUGUAAGGUUUGUGACAUGGAAUGUGCAUGGGGCUGGCACCAGAGAGAAAAAGCUUAAGAUUUUUAACCAGCUUAAAAGAUUAAAUGCAGAUGUUGUCUUAUUGCAAGAAACCCAUAAAUCAGCGGCAUCUAUAAGUGAUCUUAACUCCCCUGAGUUCCCUGAUGUGUUUGCAGCCUGCUAUAACUCGAGACAGAGAGGGGUAGCUAUUUUAAUCCACAAAAACCUCAGUUUUACUUUAUUAGACAAAAUUAUAGAUCCUGAAGGCAGAUUCAUCAUAAUUAAAAUAUCUAUUUAUAACCAAAAGUUGUGUAUUGUCAGCAUAUAUGGUCCAAAUGUUGACGACCCCUCAUUCUUCCACAAAGUUUUUCAUGCACUUUAAAAGCA